AUGGACCACUUCUUGUUCGAUUGUAUGGCGAAACACCCAUUCUUUACAGAUGAAGACACACUCGAGGGUUGGUAUGUUAUGUUAUACGACCGGGCURCCAGGUGGUCUGGRCGUCAAGACUACAGAUGUGCUUUAUAUGAAACAGUCAAAGAAGACCCGCUAAUGAUAAACAUGGUGAUUAGUGCGAACCAAUCGUGCCAUGGUCUUUUAAAGAGAAUUGAACAACCUGAGCAUACCGUUCCUAAGGGACUUCGUCAUUUUUCGGAUGGGUCGGUAGCUCUUCAGUUCAGUAAAGACUUGCCACAAAAGGAUAGGGUAAAGGGUAAUGAACAUGAUCAUACCGAGAACGUUUCAAAACAUAGACAAAAAAGAUGCUGGGGAUCAAAAACAACAACAUCAACUGAACGUUACAGAGAUGUACAGUUUGAAAACCCAAAAACAGGUGAUCCAACAGAACCAUCGCACACACCAAAUAAAUAUUUCGGGACAACACAAAGUCCCGCUGCUCCUAAUAUAAAAAAGAGGUUUAUAAAUUAA